AUUACGGUGCCCAAUUAUUGUCUGUCAAUCUCUUCUCUCUCGCGCACUUCGUCUCCUCCCCGUCAACCCCUCCCUCCAUUGUCACUCACUGAUCCCAUGCGGUCAAUUUCUUCGUUAACCGGAGUUUCAUCAGCUCUCAGCCCGUGUUUGCCGUAGGAUUUUUUGGUAUCUGUUCCAGGUUACGAUUCUAGGGUUUCUUCCCUGCUUUCCGAUAAACCCUAGACUUCGGUGUCAACAGAGGUGUACGAGUUGGAGCUGACUCGGUGGGUUUUGUUGCAAUGGAGUCCGCUGCUGGCGUAGCCGCUACUCGUGGUUGUUCUAUGCGGAUUCCUUCGCCGUCAUCGUCCCGGAAAGAAUGGCGUGCCGUUUCAGAUCCUCAUUCUGGUGGAAAUUCUGCGGAUGAUGCGGAUUUGGAACAGUUAAAGCUGGACCGUUCAGACGAGAGAACUAUAUACGAGCAUGGAAGGGAGCCGGUUGAUGUGGAUUUCUGCUCCAUAACUGUGGACGGUGGCUCGGAUAGUGAUAUCUUGCAGCAGAGACUCCACAGCAUUUCUAGACAGAAAGAAGAACUGCAGCAACUGGAAAUCGAGCUUCGAGCUCAAAUAAUUGUGAAAUCUGAGAUCGUGGAAAUGCAGACCAACUUUGAGACCCAAAUCAAAGAGCAUGCUAAUGCUGCUGCCAAACUACAGGAGCAACUUCAUGAGAAGGAGAGAACUAUACGAGAGCUGGAGAGGAAGAUGGAUGAGAAAGACAGAGAGCUACAUGCAAUUAAAUUGGAUACCGAAGCGGCUUGGGCCAAAGAAGAUCUCCUCCGAGAACAAAACAAAGAACUAGCAACAUUCAGAAGGGAGCGUGAUCACUCUGAAGCCGAGAGAUCCCAACAUAUACAGCAAAUUUGUGAACUUCAGGAGCAUAUCCAGGAGAAAGAGAGGCAGCUUAUUGAGUUGCAGGAACAGAAUAGGAUUGCUCAAGAAACCAUCCUUUACAAGGAUGAGCAACUGAGAGAAGCUCAAGCCUGGAUUGCCCGUGUCCAAGAGGUGGAUGUUUUGCAAUCAUCUACUAAUCAUUCGCUGCAGACGGAACUGCGGGAACGUACGGAGCAGUAUAAUCAGCUAUGGAUUGGUUGUCAGAGACAGUUUGCAGAGAUGGAGAGAGUGCAUCUGCAUACAGUGCAACAGCUUCAGAUUGAGCUUGCCAAUGUGAGGGAAAGGGGUGGAUCUUUCACGGAUGAGUCACACAUAUCCAGAACAAAUUCCAACAGCACCUCCCAGAUUGUCCAGAGCAAUGGAAACCAACUUGAGGCAAACGGAAGUAGUCCAGCUAGUUCUAACAAUAACAUCCAUUCACGUGGAAAAAGUUCAGACAAUAUUCAGUCUUUUACUUCUACUGAUGAUACAGUUGCUCAGAACCGUGCUGCCGGGUUGCCGAUGGCUCCUUCCUCCGUAGUUGAGAUGCAUGCAUACCUUCCACCGGGUCAGAUGACCCCUCUCCAUUCUUUUGUAAUGCAUCAACAAGGGGUACCUCAGCCUCAAGGUCCCCCAUCUCAUGUUGCUCAAUCGGCUCUUCCAGUGUCUUCUAUGCACCAGUGGCAGCAUCAUAAGGCUGUACUUGAGAGUUCUCAGAUAUCAUCAGUGCAGAAUCAUAAUCCUCCAUCUCAGGGUGAUAAUGGCUUGGUAAGAUCUGAUGCCAAGUCUGAAUAUCAGAUGCCUGGAAAUGGGCAGUCACUUGGUCAAACAUUUCUGGGUGUUCAAAGCAGCCAAGGAGCACGGCCUGGGCCGGCCUUGUCAUCGUCCUCUGUGAAAGCACAGGCAGGGGAUUCUAGCAAUGGAGAAUAUCUCUCAUCUGGCCGAUCCCAGAAUAACUUUCAAGACAUCUCUUCAAAGUUUCAUGAUAUGCUAAGGAUAGACUCUCAUGCUCCAAAUCACAAGACUGAGGAGCCUAAUGGUGAGCUUCCACCUGAUGAACAAAAGGGUUCUGCCAGUGCUGCAUCUCCAACUGGUACUGUUGUUAGCAAUGGUACCGGAUCCACUGUAUCUGGAACUAUUCUCUCAUCUGGGACAGCCGGGAGGAACUCAGAUAACGCUCUUCUCGAUGAACGGUCUCUCUUGGCUUGCAUAGUACGUACUAUACCAGCUGGUGGUAGAAUCUGCAUUAGCUCAACGCUUCCAAAUCGGUUGGGCAAAAUGCUUGCACCUCUGCAUUGGCAUGAUUACAGGAAAAAGUACGGAAAGUUGGACGAUUUCGUUGCCAGCCAUCCGGAGUUAUUCGUGAUAGAGGGAGACUUCAUCCAACUGCGAGAAGGAGCACAGAAGAUGGUGGCGGCUUCAGCAGCGGCGGCCAAAGUUGCAGCAGCGGCAGCUGCAGCAUCAUCAGCCGACUCGAUGUAUGUCGUGGCCAUGACUCCAAUGGCUCAGUCUCAUGCGUUCAAGAAGACCGACAAAACAGUAAUUGCCUCCGAGAAUCAUCCACGCCUCUCUGCUCCAAAUGGCGUCCACUAUGGAAUGAACGAAGGCCUCGGGAACAUAAAGAUCCUGACCAAGCCUCCUCGGGAUUCUCAGGGUAGACAAGGAAGCAGUAGGGGCAAUGGAGCAUCUUCUGCCACACGAAGAUAAGAGGAAGGGCUCUGCCUGCAUAAACUGAUGAUCGAGAAAAAUGGAUGAACGGACGGACAAAGCGGCGACCGGGGAGAGAGAUUGCUAAGAACAUGUUGAAGCAGAAGAGGGGGGAAGAUCUCAAUGCCCUUCUUUCUGACCUCAGAAUGAAAAAAAAAACAUAGGAGUGAAACUAACUCUAUUUUUAAUUUAAAUCUUAAAUCUUUAAGUUUUGGCGUUAAAUCUCGCGAUUUAUCUAUAACCGGAGUGUUUUCUGUUUUUUUUUUCCGGUUAAAUCUGGGGUUCUAUUUGCUUUCUUAGUCCUUCCUCGAUGUCUGGUAAAAUGCUCAUAUACAACCAGUGUUAGAGCAGCAGCUAUGCAUCUGCUAGUGAAAUCUCAUCUUUUUCAA